CAGCGCGCGGAGCGCCUCAGUCGCGGGAACCGAGAGCGACUUAUCAGGUGCUCCUCAAGCUGCACCAGCUGCUCGUUAGUCUUCAUUUACCUGUCAAUCUGAGAACAUCUAGAGAUCCUCAUGCGGUCAUGAGAUUCACGCACGACAGGUGAAGUUAGUUAGUCGUCCAGGGAGUAUUCGGGACUUUCCGGGAGUACUCGGACAAAAACGAUAUCGUUCCCCGAGUCCCGUUUCACUUUUCGCUAUCGACUUCGUUCGCACGUGCAAAGAACACCCGAGUCGCGAGAUCAUGUCGCGGAAAAAGGCGCUCAAGGGCGCUAAGGGGGCAUCAAAGAGCCCCAAGGCGUCGCCCUGCAAAGACGGCGUAGGGAAAAGUGGCAAGUGUGCCGUCGCCGCGUCCGGCGGCGCGGUGCACCCCAGCGCGCCGUCCAUCAGCACCAGCGGGGGGUUCUACGACGUCGCCUUCAAGGUGAUGCUGGUGGGAGACUCCGGCGUGGGGAAGACUUGUCUGCUGGUGCGCUUCAAAGACGGAGCCUUCCUCGCAGGCAGCUUCAUCUCCACCGUGGGGAUCGACUUCCGGAAUAAAGUCCUGAAUAUCGACACGAUCAAAGUCAAGCUCCAGAUUUGGGACACAGCUGGACAGGAGCGAUUCCGCAGCGUCACACACGCUUACUACCGCGACGCCCACGCCCUCCUCCUCCUCUAUGACGUCACCAACAAGGGCUCCUUUGACAACAUCAGGGCGUGGCUACGGGCUCGCCCCGGGUUCCAGCACUCUGGACCGGGUCCGGACCCGGGCUCUGGACCGGGUCUGGACCCUGGCUCCGGUCCGGUUCUGGUCCUGGGCUCCGGUCCGGUUCUGGUCCUGGGCUCCGUGGACCCACAGAAGUGGGAGGAGUCUAGCCCCGGCAGCAUGUUGGUUGCCAGGGCAGCCGGCUCCGCCCACAGCCCUCGGAGCGAGGCGGUGACCAAUGAGCUGCAGGAGCUGUCCCUGACGCCCGCCCCCAGCCUGCUGCCGCUGCGGGAGAGGAAGAAUCGGAAGAGGAACCAGGAAGAGGGGGAGGGGGAUUGCGGGGACUGGGUGGGCGAGUGUGAGGAAAGCAGUAUUGCAUAA